GUCCAGCUUAAGAGUUGUUCGCAUAAAUAGAAGGCAGAAAUCCAGAUCGCACCAACGUGAAAAGCAUCGAAUCCCGUACGCGGCAUCAUUAUCAAGCCCGAUUGCCCCGAAAGGUCCUUAACCGCCACGACGUUUCCCACUUCCGAGUGCGUCGAUUGUGCCAUUUAAACGGAUUUCUGUGAAUCUCCCUGGCCUCAGCGGACGAGACCGAGACCGUCCCUUAUCGCAGUCGACGCUUGGUCGAGAUUAAUUAUAAAAGCACUGGCCAGACGGCCGGCCGGAAUCAUUCGUUUGCUGCGUACGCUCAGAGUCACCAGCCGCUCUAGCCAACCCUUGAGCGGUGCCGAAACCUUGACACCCGUUGUCCUUGUGAUCUGUGUGAGUGUGUGUGCGUGUGCGUGUAAGUGCGCUCUUCCCGGUUCUGAUUCCUGGGGCAAUACCCGGUUCAUCCUACUUGCUGACGGAGGAAGUUGCAACGGUUGGUGCGGAAUCCGCAGUGAAAAUUAUGGAGAAAACUAGUGAAAAUGGCCAUCAGUCCCCCGAGAAGGAGGUUCGCGUUUGGUGCGACGGAUGCUAUGACAUGGUGCACUUCGGUCAUGCGAAUUCCCUGCGGCAGGCGAAGGCUCUCGGGCACAAACUGAUCGUCGGCAUCCACAAUGAUGAGGAUAUUACAAGAAACAAAGGACCACCAGUUUUCACACAAGAAGAACGAUACAAAAUGGUGCGGGGAAUCAAAUGGGUCGAUGAAGUGGUGGAAGACGCACCGUACGUAACAACGCUCGAAACCCUAGACAAAUAUGAAUGUGAUUUUUGCGUGCACGGUGACGACAUCACGUUGACGGCGGAUGGAGUCGACACAUACCAUUUGGUGAAGAAGGCAUUACGUUACAAGGAAGUCUCGCGAACGGCUGGGGUCUCUACGACGGAUCUGGUGGGGCGCAUGCUGCUGCUGACAAAAAAUCACUUCAAACAAGGUGAAAAGGAAUAUGAAGUUGGCAAAGAUGCUUUACUUAAGAAGUAUAAAGAUAAAUGUAUCUCAGGAUCUUCGCAACUCGGGCAGGACCACACGGCCCGCAGCCCCUGGACCGGAUGCUCACAGUUUCUGCCGACGACACAAAAAAUCAUACAGUUCAGCGACGGCAAAGCGCCGAAACCGAACGAUCGUAUCGUGUACGUGGCCGGUGCGUUCGAUCUGUUCCACGUAGGGCAUUUGGAUUUCCUGGAAAAAGCCCGAAGCUACGGUGACUAUCUGAUCGUGGGCCUGCACACGGAUCCGGUGGUAAAUGAGUACAAGGGAGGAAACUACCCGAUCAUGAACCUGCACGAGCGUGUCCUCAGCGUAUUGGCGUGCAAGUACGUCAACGAAGUGGUCAUCGGUGCGCCGUACUCGGUGACGGCCGACUUAAUGGAACACUUCAACGUUGGCCUGGUGUGCCACGGUCAGACGCACAUUGCGCUCGACGUCGGCAAUAUCGAUCCGUACGCGAUACCGAAGCAGAUGGGAAAAUUUAUGCUAAUCGAUUCGGGUAACACCAUCACGACGGAGGACAUUGUGGAUCGCAUCAUACGCCAUCGGAUAGAGUUUGAGCAGCGGAAUCAGAAAAAAGAAAAAAAAGAAAUUGAGGUGUACGAAGCGCUGCAGAAGGUUAAAUUGGCACAAAAGUCCGGUUGACCCGUCGGUGGAGAGUGAUAAGCAUGGGCGGGACAUUUAGUCGGUGUUCUCGCGCGUUGUUUUCGAUUUACGUGUUCAGCAUCAUUCCUUUAAGUGUGCGGUACCGGGGCAUGUGUGUGCGCCCGCGGCACGUGUGUUUUACAAAUUCGGUUUAUUCGUUCUGUUUUUCAUGUUUACGUUAGUCAGCUAGUGCUUAUGAUUUUACUUCUAUUCCGGUAUCCGGUUUGUAGCGUAUUUGUUCUAGAAAACGUUUGGCCGGCCUGUAGUAUGGGUACUAGGGAAAACCACUAUGCAAAAUUGUUAUUGAGGAAGCUAGUGGGAAUCAAGAAACAAAAACCAAAACCUUACUGUGGUGUGACGCUUGUGUGAAUCUCUAUUUUUUCGUCCACCACAAACCAUCCCCGGAAUAAAUCAUGUACUUUAUCAUUAUCUCACGAAAGAGUUCAUGCUGCUUCCUUCGAUUUUUAGUAGUAGUGGCAUAAAAUCGGCCAUAACAUGAUUUACAUAGGAGUUUAACAAUUACUUCUUAUAUUGGGAAAGAUUAAGCUUCUCAUUGCAGAAAAAAUGAACCUAAUUUGGAAGGAACCUAAACGUGAUUGGAACUCUUUUCUUCGCAUGGAUUUGCUUAUUUCUUUCAAUUGGACACACGUUGACAACUUAAUUAAACACAGACAAAGCUUUGUGAGUUUACAACACCUAUUAUCGUACGUUACGAGAGGCAAGCAUUGUAGUUGAUUAAAGCAAACGAACCGAACAAUUAACGACGAUCGUCGGUGUGACCAAGUGAUGGUGCUUUGAACCCGUCUAGUGUAGUUACUACUAGGAAGGAAAGUAAACCAAUUAUUAAAACAAAUUACGAGCUACGGGAAGGCUAAGCAAUCAUCUAGUAAAUACUGUCAGCCGUAACAAGAAAAAAGGAAACACGGCAUUGGAACGAUACGAAUGGAAUCGUGAACAGUUUGCGUUGUAAAAGCGCAGUAAAAGUCAGAAGUCGUUUCGCUUUCAACAUCCGCAAAGCAAGAGUGUGAGUUACUAUAAUAACAGAAAAUUAUAUCAAUGCUUGUCGAGAUGUUCUGCUACAAUCGACGAUCGCCACCAGAGGGGUAAAUGCAGAGAAGUGUCUAUUGGAACACAGGAGUAAAUACAAUCCAGCGCGUGUACACAAGGACGUGUGGUAAUAAAUCUCAACUGAAAGUCGAAAUAUCGCGGUCCUCCCCAGACAGACCCCUCUGUAUUUAUUCCUCUAAUCUAAUUUAUAUACGUCGACGUUGCGGCUCUUUGCCUUCUCUCGCCAUCGUUUGUGUCGUCGAGUGUGUCGAGUAAACUUUGUUCGUAUUCCGUGAAUGUGCACGAAAAGUGUGAACGGUGUGUGAUCGUCACUACAGGAAGAAAGUUUGUUAAGCUUAUGCUGAUCUCCAAACGAUCGGAAAGCGAUUGAGUUGGAGAAUGGGACGCUAAAAAGGCGGAGAAGCGCAAUGCCCUUACUAUUGCUGGUGUCUAGGCCGGUUCCGGUAGAAGUGUGUAUCGAGAAGAGAAAGUAAAGAUUCAAACAAUUGUAUGUUACUAUCGGUACUUUUUCAAACACUCCAGCAAGGAAAACCAAAUAAAUAAUACUUCACAUUUUACGCGUA